CCAAGUUAUUCGCAUAACGGAAUCUCUCCACCAUAUCAGCAAGAUCGUAGAGAAAAAUCUCCAUGAUGAAUUGCUAUUCUGAGACAAAGUUCACAUCCGAAACAAUCUGAGAAAAGAAUAAAUUGCAACAGCUGUCCAAGGCAUUAAUCAAAUGUGAUCAGACAGCUUUCCAGUGCACCAACGUAAUGUGGCCUGCUGGACGGACCAACAUUUUUUAACUGUAGGAAAAGAUGAAGUCUUGCUAACUAUCCUCCAUGUAGAGAUGAUCAAAAGAAAACUCUUUUUAUGAUAGCAGGACCAUUCCAUGUCUUCAACUUUAUGACCAGGACAAGGAAUUGAAUCUUUUGCUCUUCAUCAGUAAGGAUGAAGGGAGGAAAUCUUUAUAGAUUGAGAGGGAAAAAACUCUCUUUUAUCCUUUCCGUUCUCAUUUGCACAACCAUUCUUCUUUGGGCAUGGGAAAAGACUCCCCUUGUCACUUCGUUACUGCCAGCCCAAGAUCAGUUUGUGAUGCCAUACUCAGAGUAUCUAGUGGAUUCUCAUAUGAAACCAUCCCAAGUUAUAAACCCCAUGGAGCAUUUUGAGGAGGGCUUUUCAGAUGCGAUCGCGACAGGAGAAACAAGAAAUGAACCGUUGGUACAAAAUUUUUCUGUGCCACCAAUAAGUCUAGCUACCUCAAAUUCCACUAAAAACAUAGAAAAUAUUCGUGAUUUUGCAAGAUCCUCUGCGGAGACAAAAGUUUGUAACUAUGCAAAGGGUCGUUGGGUUGCGGAUAACAGGCGGCCAUUGUAUUCUGGAUUUGGAUGUAAGCAGUGGUUGUCAGGAAUGUGGGCUUGUCGACUGACCCAACGUACAGAUUUUUCCUAUGAAGGGUUCCGGUGGCAGCCAAAAAAUUGUGAGAUGCCAGAGUUUGAGGGAUCGGCAUUCCUGAGGAGGAUGCAGGACAAGACUCUUGCUUUUGUUGGGGAUUCCUUGGGAAGGCAGCAGUUCCAAUCUCUCAUGUGUAUGGUAACAGGUGGUAAAGAGAGCCCAGAAGUCCAAGAUGCUGGACGUGAGUAUGGUCUUGUCAAAGCUCGUGGUGCUAUUCGCCCUGAUGGUUGGGCUUAUCGGUUCCCAAGCACCAAUACCACCAUCCUUUAUUAUUGGUCUGCGAGCCUCUGUGACUUAGAGCCCCUGAAUAUCACAGAUACAGCCACCUCCUAUGCUAUGCAUCUUGACAGGCCAGUGGCUUUCUUGCGCCGCUACCUUGAUAGGAUUCAUGUUUUAGUUCUUAAUACAGGACACCACUGGAACAGAGGGAAGCUUAGAGCUAACCGGUGGGUGAUGUAUGUGAAUGGCAUGCCCAACAAUGAUAAGAAGCGUGCAGAAAUUUGGAAUGCCAAGAAUUUUGCAGUAUAUAGUGUUAUCAAGUGGGUGAAUUCACAGCUCCCUCAGCAUCCACAGCUUAAAGCUUUCUUCAGGACCAUCUCACCUAGGCAUUUCCGUAAUGGAGAUUGGAAUACUGGGGGUAACUGUGAUAAUACCAUUCCAUUGACUGGAGGGAGUGAAGUUUCUCAAGAUGAGUCCAGUGAUCCUGUUGUUGAGCAUGCUGUAAAGGGCACAGGGAUUAAGAUGCUGGAUAUAACUCCUCUCUCUGAGUUGAGAGACGAGGGUCACAUGUCCAGGUACAGUAACAAAGCGAUGGAGGGUGUUAAUGAUUGCCUGCAUUGGUGCCUACCUGGCAUUCCUGACACAUGGAAUGAAAUCCUUGCUGCACAGGUGUAAUCUCCAAGUGUUUACCAACUGGGUUCCUGAACCAAUUCAGCCCAGCAUCUCUUCUUCAUCAAUAGACUAGGCGUACUUGAUGCAGCAUUUGAGAUCCUUUUUCAUUCCAUUCAUUGAUAUGAAUCGAUUUUCACCAAAAUGGUGAAAUAGAGAAGCACUCAAGGUCCAGUAACGUUUACAACAGAAAUAGAUAUCUUUGGAAUUGCAGAGGUGUUUUUGAGUCUGCAGAAUUAAGAAUCUCAAGAGAGGUCUUGUUGCAGAAUUGAAAGAUUCUGCUAUCUACCUGUCCUGUGUGCAUGACAUAAAAAAUUUAUGGAAGAGGACAUUCUGAUGGUUUCCU